UCCACAGACCGCGACCCCAAAAUGGCGAGUCGGGGUACGGUCUCGGGGAGCUAGAGGGAUCAGGUGGGGGACCGGUCCUCCAAGCCUCCCCCCCUCCCACCCCGCGCUCCCGAGCUCGGAGCUGCCCUCGCCAGGCCCGCAGAGGCGCGGGAACCGGGCGCUUGCUCCUCAGGGCGGCGGGGAGGCGUGGCGACAUUGCUGCCGAGUCGAGGAAGAGGGAAGUGGCGCCCGCGGAAGCCGGGGCUGGGCGGAGUGCCCUUGGGGAGAAGAUCCACUCAUUGGUUUUAUACCAAACCUGACAAGGCCUCAGUUGUCAAAGGUGGCACCAGGAGGAUGUCACACAUAGGAGUAAAACUGUUCCUAGAGCAAAUGAUGAUGAGACAUCUGGAGGUGAAUGCAUGCUUGUACCCACACAUGGAGGCUUUGUGGGGGACUGAGGGGUCUCUGAAAGAGAGCUCCAGUGAGAGUAAGAAAUCCAGCCCACAAACGGACAGUCUUGGUCCUGAGAGCGCUCGCCAGCACUUCCGGAGCUUCUAUUAUCAUGAAGCACCUGGACCCCUUGAGGCUGUCAGCCAACUUCAGGAAUUAUGCCACCAGUGGCUGAGGCCAGAAAUCCACUCGAAAGAGCAGAUCUUGGAACUGCUGGUGCUAGAGCAGUUCCUGACUAUUCUACCCAGGGAGACCCAGAACUGGGUGCAGAAGUAUCGUCCACAGAGCAUCAGAGAGGCUGUGGCCCUGGUAGAGCGCUUUCAGAGAGAACCUGAUGGAAUAAGUGAUGAGGUCACAGCCCAUGAGCUGGGAAAGGAGGCAGUGCCCUUGGGAGGAACAGCAGUGGCCCCAGGCUUUAAGUGGAAGCCAGCAGAGCCCCAACCAAUGGGUAUGUUCCAGAAAGAAUGUUGGAAUACAUACCGGGUACUACAGGAACAGCUGGGCUGGAAUACUCACAAAGAAACCCAGCCUGUAUAUGAAAGAGCUGUGCCUGCUCAACAGAUUCUAGCCUUUUCUGAGCAGAAAAGCCCCCCAAACUGGAAGAUGGCAUCUGAGCUCAUCUUGCCUGAGUUCCAGAGCCUGUUGACAUUUGAAGAUGUGGCAGUGUCCUUUUCUGAGGAAGAAUGGAAGUUACUGGACCCUACUCAGAAGAUCCUUUACAAUGAUGUAAUGCAGGAGAACUAUGAGACUGUCAUCUCUCUAGCUUGGGAGGAUUCUAGUUCAUCUCCUCCGGACUCAGUGGGGUCCCGUGACAGUGCUGGUGAGGAAGGGACAGAGACCGCCAUCACCCAGUCACGGCUACAGAUGGACUUGGGCAAAGCAACACGGAGCUGUGGGUGGCUCCCCCUGACUGGCAUCUGAGACUUGGGGCUCCAGAGCCAUCGCAUCCCGCCAGAAGGGGGCCGUGGCCGUGGCUUGUGCAAUCCAGGCCUCGCUGAAGAUGGGCUCCGGGUUUCAAGAGUCUGAUGCGGACUGGGAGGCCUUCCGCCUGCGCUCCAGGCAGCUCCAGCAUGAAGAAGCAGCCGGGCCUCGCUGGGCUUUCCACAGACUCUGGGAGCUUUGCUGUCCACGGCUGGAGCCAAACACGCGCUCCAAGGACCCAGUCCUGGAGCUGCUGGUGUUGGAGCCGUUCUCAGCAUCCUGCCCACGGAGACAGAGAGCUGGAUGGGGCUGCUGGGCCGGCAGCACAGAGCAAGGUCGUGUCUGUGAGAGAAGACUUCUGCCCAGAAGCCGGGCUACCAGAGCCGAGGGUGGGCAUCGCCCUUGGCGUCUUGGGGGUGAGACCCCGGGAAGGAGCAGAGGUCCCUGGCGCUGGGUCAGACGUUUGUCUCCGUGUCCUGUUCGGCCCCAGGAUCUCGGCCCGGUCCUUUAUAUUUGUCUUCUGCUCGGAUCAGUGUAUGGCUUGCUUCUCCGGGUAUCAGACCCAGUCCCCUCCUAUAGCAAAUAGUCUGUUGUGUCCCCUUAAAUACAUUGGAAUGGAAUUCAAAGGGAACACAGCCUACCCACAUCCAUCCUCCAAUAACAUCAGUAUCGUGCUGUGCGGGGUGCUGGUCAGAUCUGGCCACGGCCUGUGUGUGUACGCCCCGGGAGCUGGAGCAGAUUUAACCUGUUAAAGGUUUGCUUUUUUAUUUUUUAUUUUUUUGAGACUGAUUUAUUUAUUUGAGGGGCGCCUGAGUG